AUGACUUGUCUCCAACAGAGCCAGUUGAGGCAGAGGAGAACUGGCACGAAGAAGACACCAGCCCAUCAUUUUCCCAAGAACAAUUUGGCGAGAGACAAGAGGGUGAACAAGAGAAGCCCAGUCACAGCUGCUCCUUCAGUCCUUUCUCCAGUGUCCCCAGAAGUUCCACCAUCAGAACUGGGCGACCAUCGAGCCUCCGAUGACGAGGGCAGAAGCUUCGACUGCGAGGAGAUCAGCAACAGGCAGUUGCAGGAAGGCAGCAAGACGCAGUGCCGCUUCUGCUCCUACACCCGCAUCAGGACAAGCGACGUGACAAAACACGAGAGAACGCACACGGGCGAGAAACCUUUUGUGUGUGGCAUCUGCCAGCAGACGUUUGCCCAGAUGUCCAACCUGUCUACCCAUCAGAGGGUGCACACGGGCAAGAGGCCGUUUCAGUGCCUGACCUGCCAGAAAGCGUUUUCACUCAAGGACAAACUGAGGGACCCCGAAAGGAUUCACAGGGGUGAAAAGCCUUACGAGUGCAGCACAUGUGUGAAGCGUCUCAAUGACAAAGGCAACCUGAGGACUCAGCUGUUACCACACACGGGGGAGAGGCCGUUCAUGUGUGAUGCGUGUGGAGAGACGUUUACGCGAAAAGGCUAUUUAAAGGCCCACCAGAAGAGGAGACACAUGGGGGAGAGGGUUGCCAGCACGACGAAUGCGGUGGACAUCGCAACUCCGUCGGAUCUGGAGCCGAACGACGUACUGCUCACUUCGAUAGGCGGAAGCUUCUACUCCGAGGGCCGCGACAGAGCAUGUCUACAUCGGCCUGACCCAGAGGGACACUGGAACACCAUUGGUAUCGUGAAGGAAGAAGAUGAAGCGCAGACCACUUCGUCCCGGGACGGCCAAGAGUAUGGAGAUGCUCACGGCCCGUCCACUUUCCAUGAGACCGCUAAUGAAGCCCAUGGAGCCACUGUUGUCGUCAAGCAAGAGCUGGUCGAUGCAGAAGAAAGCUGGCACGAAGAAGACACUGACCCAUCCUCCUCUCAAGAACAAUUGGGCGAGAGGCAAGAGGGUGAACAGAAGUCCAGUUACAGCUGCUCCUUCUGUCCUUUCUCCAGUGCCUUCAGAAAUUCCAUAGUCAGGCACGAAAGAACGCACAUCAGAGAACAGCCCUUCAGCUGCAAUGUUUGCCAGAUGACAUUUGCCACCAGGAGUGCUUUGUAUUUACAUGCAGUCACUCACAGAGACAAAGUCCUUGUAGGAGAUCAGCCCUAUAGCUGCAACAUCUGCAAGCAAGCAUUUAGCUCUAGAUCCGGUUUGAAUGCCCAUGCAAUCACUCACAAUGUUGAAAGGCCCUUUAAAUGCUCAGUUUGUCCUAAAGCAUUUGACACCAGGGUUCAGUUAACCUCUCACAAAAACACCCACACAAACAAAAAGCCUUUUACGUGCCCCGUCUGCUCUAAAGCAUAUCGAUUGAGGACUCACUUGACUCAGCAUGAAACAACUCACAGUGAGGAGAGGGCUUUUAAGUGCCCCACAUGCUCUAAAGCAUUUAAAUCGAAGUGGUACUUGAGGAAUCACGAAAAAACCCACAAUCGCAGACCUAUGUUUAAAUGCUUGAGCUGCCCUAAAGUGUUUCGAUGGAAGAGUGAAAGGUCUGUUCAUGAAGCGGUUCACAUAGGUGAAACGCCCUUUAAGUUCCCUGCCCCGUCUAGAUCAUUUGAAAGGAAGCAGAGUCCAGAAAUGAAAGGUCACCCAAAUGCCCCACUUUAACUGAACCCUUUGUGUCCGACUUCAACCACUUUUUGACGAAAGUGUAUCUGGUUUGAAUGCUGUCGCAGCCAUUGACGGGGCCAAAGGGCCCUGUCCUGGAGUGUUUUGUAUCAAGGUUGACUUCUCACGAAAGCGCUGACUUAGACAAAAGGCCACACCUGCCAGAGUGCAUUUUAAAGCAGGGCUUGUUUUUGCUCGGCAUGAAAGAACCCACAUUGAAGGAGGGGGUUUCAAAUGCAUCACCUGGUCUAGAGCAAUUCAUUCAGUCUCUUUUGAAGGAACACGAAACCCGCAGUGGCAAACGUCUUUCUAAAUUCUCUGCCUGCCCAGUGGUGUUCCAAUGGAAGGUUCAGCACUCUGUUCACGAAGAGAUUCACAUCGGUGGAACACCCUUUAAAUUCACUGCCUCAUCUAAAACACCUGAAAGGCAGCAAAGCCAAAAAUUGGAAGGUCCUCUAAAUGUACCACCUACCCUAGGGUUUUUCGAUAAAAGUGUCCCGUGGCUGCUCAUGCAAGCGAUCAAAAUAAUGAUGGCUACUUCUGCAACACCUCCUCUCAACUGCUUCAAAGUUUUGAUUGACUGGUCAUAAAAUCACACAAAUGAAUGUCCUUUUAAAUGCCCUGCUUACCCUAAUCUUUUUUAAUGCAAUUGAUAUUUCACUCCUUUUCAAAGGGAUUAGAGAUUUAAAACUCAUUGAAUUGCCCACAGGCCCUAAAAAAAUUUUGAUGGAAGUUUUGCAUGACCAUAAAACAUUUCACAAAAGGUGAAAUGCUGCACAUAUGAAAUCUGUCAUUCACAGAAAUGAAAGCUACUAAACUGUGUCAAGACAAAAUCCCACAUUGUCUGGAGUGCACCAGGCACUUCGGACAAUCGGAGCCACUAGUCUAAUCUUUUUUUGUGGUCGAAGUGUUUACUUGGGAGUCUGUCUAAUGAACGUGACUCUUGAAACAAGGAGUGAACAGAGGAGUGCUUGUUGGUUCAGCAGAUGAGUUGCACAACUUGGGCCCACUAGCAAGCAGAUAUAUUCCUAUGGCCUUGGAUGGCCAUUAAUGGAAGAAAGGACAUUGUAAAGGCUGCCUCAAAAGGUCCUUUGUAUUGUAUAUGCAAAAUUCAAAGGAGCUGGAUAUGGAUAAAGUUCUUCAUGCGGUGAUUUUGUAGAGAUCAAGUUGCACUUCUUUCUGUAUAUUAUCCAACUAAAAAAACAGUGAAUCGGCACUUAAAGCUUAAGAAUUUAGUUUUACAAUUACUGACACCAUACUAGUUACUUGUCUGCAAAAUAUGGUUUUUGUUUUGUUCUUUUUCUGUAGACACGUACACCCGAGUUACCCUUUCGUAUACACCAGAGUUACCCUUUCGCCUGUUAUUGCUAUUUUGUCCUUUGGAAAUCUGUGUAGUUUCGAUCAUUCAAAACAAGCAACACUGUUUGCAUUCUUACAUCGAGGUGAGAACUUUCAUCUUUGAAUGUUAGUUCAACGUCGAUAAGUGCGUUACUGUCAAGAUGGCACCUGCUCUGGCAUCAUUCAUCGAUUGUAAAUUGUUAGCGAAACUUUUCGAGAAAUACCCAUGUUUACAGCUCUUUAAUAAAUAUGGUUUUGAAGAUUUGAGCUUCUUAGGUAUCCACUUUAGAGGUUAGGCUAUGAAUGUCUUCAUACAACUUUUUAUAGACAUGUAUCAGUAGUCAUAUGUGUAGUGCUUGCAUGUGUCAGGUUACCCUUGUAUUCUAGGUAAUCUUUAAAAAAAAAAAAAUCCAAGAUGUACCAGACUGGAUACCAAUGGUUUUACUUCUGUGAAUAAAAUGUAUAUGUGUCGUGAUUCACUGAAUAAAUUAGUCAACUUGU